AUGGACGUAGCAUUAGAGCUCUGCGACCACUUCUUCCUCGACUACACAUACGCCAAGGUAUUCCCAAAGACGCCGCUACCGACUUGUGCAUACACGCCACUCGAUGCACCCAAUUGCAUCAGCGGUGUAAAUGGGACAGUAUCAGCGGCGGUAGAUGGAGCACUACACUAUGACCAGCUAUCUCAAUUCGGACGCGACUCAAUCAUUCGCCAAACGCUCUCACUUACCUUGCUCACAUACGUCGGUAUACAUUUCCUCUAUUUCCUCGCAGCAGGUCUGUCCUAUCACUUUAUAUACGAUAAGCGCGUAAUGCGCCACCCUCGCUUCCUACCAAACCAACUCCGGAUGGAGAUAGACAGUAGUAUGGCAGCUUUCGGUCCGCUCACACUAAUGACGGUGCCGUGGUUCAUUGCCGAUGUGCGCGGUUGGUCGAAGCUAUACGAAAACGUCAAUGACCACUCGUGGUUUUAUUUCGGUUUCUCUAUUCUUUGGUUUUUGCUUUUUACCGAUUUCUGCAUCUAUUGGGUGCACCGUAUAGAGCAUCAUCCGAUGUUUUACAAGUGGCUUCACAAGCCUCAUCACAAGUGGCUGAUUCCUACACCAUUCGCAAGCCACGCGUUUCAUCCACUUGAUGGUUACUUGCAGUCGGUGCCGUACCAUCUUUUCAUAUUCCUCUUCCCUCUACAUAAGCUCCUAUAUCUCGGUUUGUUUGGGUUUGUGAAUGUAUGGAGCAUACUCAUUCACGAUGGCGAUAUGCGUUGCGGCGGGUUUAUGGAGAAGAUUAUUAAUGGACCUUCUCACCACACUCUUCAUCAUCUCUACUUUACUGUCAACUACGGUCAAUACUUUACUUUCUCAGAUAGGGCAUUCAAGAGCCAUCGUGAACCACGUCCUGAACUCGACCCACUCAACCAAGUGCUCGAAAACGACGCGAAAGAAAAGGAGGAGAAGCAAGGCAAGAAGAGUAUUUGA